AUGUGGCACAAUGCGUCCUCCUACCAGGAGCCGCGCGUGCGCUUCGCGGGGUCUCGCAGUGGCAGACAGCGUCAUGAUGGCCCAUAUGACGGCGCGGCUGCGAGGCCGUGGCGCUCGUACACGGAUGACGAUUUCGAGUACCGCCUGCCGCUGCCGCCGCCGCCGCCGCCGGCGAGGCCCGUCCCAGUCCGGGUCUACGGCCGUUCCGGGGAGCGGCAGCAGCGCCGACAGCAGCAGCAGCAGCAGCAGCAGCAGCAGCAGCGGCCGGUGGGAUACCGCGAGUCCGUGGCCGUAUACCCUUCCAGGCUCCGCAUGGCGCGGCCCUUCGGGCUGGAGGAGUCCUUUGGCCGAGAAGAGGUCUCCUUUGCCGAGCCGCCACCGCCUGCUGCUGCUCCGACGAUGCGCGUCUUUGAUGCGGAGCAGCCGCCGCCGUCGGAGCGCAGGUUUGCCACGACAGCCUAUGACGAUGCACAGCAGGACGAAGAUGGACAGUAUCUCUUUGAUCUGCCGGCGGGACCUGAUGUGAGCGACGGCGACAGCAAGCCCGGCCGCGGCGAUGGCGUAGGCGAAUUCGGCUGGUCCGAGGGCUCCAUGGCCUCGUCGCUGCGGCCGGCGAGCCAGGCGGGCGACGACGACAUCGACGUGCUCGACGGCUUCGACUUUGUGUUUCCGCGCGCCAAGUCGUCGUCGCUGUCGUCGUCGUCCAAGGACAGGGAGCUGGCCGAGCUGCUCGACUCGGCGGCGGGCGCGGCCGAGACUGAGCCCUCGCUGCGAGACGACGCCGCCCGGCCGCCCUCGGCGUCCAGCGCCACGCGCGCCUUUUCGUCCACGUACACCGGCGACGCCGAGCUCGGGGGCGUGCACGGCGCGACGCUGACGGUGCUUCACGACCCCAAGGGACGGAGUCGGCCGCUGUACCACUGGCUCCACAUCCAACAGGACGUGAUGAACUUUGACGAGUUCUGGGCGGAAAUACCAUGCCAAGUGCGCCUCUCAGAAGCUGAAAUGGCAGCCACGGCAAAGCUGCGAGCCGAGGUCAAGCGACACGCCGUCAAGUCGCGGCAGAACUCCAAGGGAGACCACGUCGGCUACAUGGACCCGCGGUAUUUCCAAGUGCCCCUCCAGGACGACGCCGCCAAGAAGAAGCAGCAGCAGCAGCAGCAGCAGCAGCUGUUCGCGUCGUGGUCGUCGCCGGCCGUCGCCGCGGCAGCGCCCUGCGGAGUCGCCGCGGCGCGCUGGAUCUGCCUCCCCUACUUCUCGCUCCAGCGCUGCGCGGGCCUGCUGCUGGCGUCGAGCCUGGCGUCGUUCCCGCCGCUGACGCUGCUGCAGUCGCACUACUCGCGCACGCCCCAGCAGAGGGACCUGGGGCAGGCCGUCUGCGAGCUGGGCGCGGCGCCGCGGGGGGAUUGCUUCCAUGUGGCCCAGCUGUGGUGCCUGGUGCUCGAUAACACGCUGCUCGUCACUUGCGGCUCCAUGGCGCAGUCGAGUCUGUACGGCGACUUUCUCAAGGUGGUUUCGCAGCCGUCCAAGGCGCAGUCGAGCACAGCAGAGGCCAGCGGGCGGAUUCUCGUCUCGUACGGCGGCGCUGUGACGUGGGCUCUCGACGUGCAGGACUGCCCGACUUGGUUUUCGUUUCUGUCACGCUUCGGGGCAUAUUGGCCCAAGAGCUUCGAGUUUACAUGGCACGAUCGAGUCGUGACCCCGGACAGCUGGCCCAAGAUCUUGAAAGUGGCCUCGCGCCCUCAGGGGAGCGUCGCGCUGAGCCUGAGAGUCAUCCCGCAGCCAGAACCCCCCAAGGCGACCCUGAAACCCGAAGACGCACCCCAAGCCGCCGCGAAGGACGUCCAAGACGACGCCGCCGGGCAAGCCCCAGAGUACCUGCACGUCUUGACCCUCCGCCCAGCCGACUCGACACCGCCGGCGGACCCGGGGGCGGCCUCUUCGGCAGCCGAGCUCGAGGCGCUCAACAAGCAGCUCGAGGCCGCCGAGAGGUUUCUCCUGGGCAAGACGUCGUACGCGCAGCAGAGAGCGUACAGGAGCUGCCGCGGCGCGACGCGCGCAGACGUGCGGGCCUACCUCGCCGACCGAGGCGACGAGGUCGAAGCCAAGGCCAGCGACUCGAUGCGGCGCGCGUACGAGGAGCGGGUCAACAUCUUCCAUGCCGCCGAUGCGCUGUUCCAGCUCUUCUUCCCCAGGGGCUUCGACGGCCCGACCACCAGCCAGUACUGGGCGUCGGUCAAGUCGCUCGUCCUGAUGCCCCCCCCUGACAACGACGGCGAUGCGCACUCGCCCGGCGACCCCGAGGUCUUGCGAGAUCUACGGCUGCAGCUGCGGGCCAUGUCACAAGACAUCCAGGCCUUCCAGAGCAUCGUGGCCUACGCCGACGACAAGAACAGGGCCGCCAUCGACCUGCCUCGGCCGUUUGUCAAGGCAUGGCUGCAUGUGGUGUCGAGCAUGAUCAAGGUCGGCGCAUCCACAGGCCAGGGCAGUUGGUCGGCGCACAUGGCCAAGGCCAAGGCCUUCAUCGAGGACGGCGUACGGAGCGUCCUCCAGGGCAUCUCGAGCCGCAGCCUUGUGGAGGACCUGGCCGUCCUGCCCAUGGAGGUCAUGUCGCUGAUCGCCAUGGACCUGCUGCAGGACCAGGUGGGCAAGGCCGACGACAUAGCCGAGACGUAUUCGCAGUAUCUCAGCUCACUGGAUACCGACAUCACCACCAAGCCGUCGGACCGCUCGUAUCAACACCGCGUCGAACUAGUCCAGCAGGAAAUGUCGGCCAUCAAGAAGACGCUCGCGAGACAGCGCCACAUCCUCGGCGGCAUCAGGAGCAACCUCUCGGCCGCGACCGGCUCGGAUGCCGUCGUCGUCUACGACGUUGGCCCCGGCCACAGGCGGAGCAGGAGAGAAGCCACGCCGGGAUGGGACCAGCCUCCCGCUUACGGGGAAACAGCCGCCAACCACUACGCGUCGUACCAGGAGCCCGUGACCCGGAGAGCCGAGUACUUUGAGGCGGGCUUGGACGCGCACGCGGCGGAGAAACUCCAGGCGGCCUCCAAGCUGUCGCCCACCGACGGCCUCGGCUUCCGCGGCCUCUUUCUCACCGAAUGCGCCCGCAUCGUCGAGCAGCGUGAGUUCGACUUUCGCCGUCACACCGAGUUCGCCGAAGACCUGGAGCGUGCCGCCGCGUACAAGAUGGGCUGGACCAAGGACCGGCAGGAAAACGCAAUCUACGCCUUUACCAUUGUCACAAUCAUCUUCCUGCCCAUCAGUGCCACCUCCAGCAUCUUUGGCAUGAACACGAGCGACGUCCGCAACAUGGUCUCUGGCCAGUGGUUGUACUGGGCCGUCACCGUGCCCGUCACCCUCAUGGUCAUUCUCAUCGGCCUCUGGUGGAUGAACGAGCUGGGCAACGUGAUACAGUGGAUCAUGGGCAAGCGGCCAGACCGCGCGCCGGGCGCUGGCAAUACCGUCCGGUGGGUCUCGCAGAUGCCCGGGACCACCUACAUGGCCUCGGCGCCGCCGCAGUUGGACCCGGAGACAGCUCCCGCAGUGCCGUAUGCGGGCGAGGUUCAGGGAGAUCCUGUUUCUGCGCGGUGGCGUCGAUACUCGGAAGACCUCCAGCCUGUUGCUGCAGCACCCCAACUCCGCCGGCGCCCACAGACCAUGUACGUAUACUAG